AUGGGCACUUGGCACUGGAUUUCUGAGCCUGACUCGAAGCUCAGAGCCAGGCAUCCUGGGAUGGACUAUGUGGCUUCUGGCCUGCCAUGGUUCCUGGUGCCGAGCAGGCAUUCUGCCGGUUGGGAGGAGUAUGUGGCCCGCUUUGGUCCCACAGGGGUGCACGACCACCGGGUUGUUGGUGGGCUUUGCCUGCCAUCGGCCUGCGACUUGCGCACGGCGGCUUUGCACCUCGUGCCACUGGUGGCACCCUGGUGGCUCCUGGAACCGCAACCGCUCGCGCCAGUGAACGAGACGCACGUCUGGAUGCCAGCACCGCUGGCAGUGGACCACGAGCUUUUUCCAAGCCACGGCAUCAUGCCGAUGUGGGUGUCAAAGCGCUCAUGUCAGGGCUCGCAGCAGGCCUUCUGCAGCCACUCCUGGCAGUUUGCGCUGCAAGAGUACCAUCCUUAUCUCCGUGCCGACCCGGUGGUCGUGGCCUGGGUUGCGGCCCAAAUCUCAGCCGCGAUGUGGUUCUAUUCGACAAGGAUGCCUUUGAGCAGUGUGUUGGCGGCGGUUGGCAAGCCCAGGGGGUCACUGCGAGCGGAUGUGCUGCGGAUUUCGCUGACCGCCACCGUGAUUUGGAUGCACACUUUCUCUCAUGGGAGCUGGCUACCCGUUGAGAGGCCUAGUGAUGCAUACUGGCUUGGCCACUCCACGGACGUGGCGAUGAAGGUGAAUGCAGCGUUCCUCCUUCUCUCCGUCCAUCUGCGAGAUCGGCCGAGAAGCCAGGGGGAUCUUCCAACCCCGAGGCCCAUGGGCUCCAAACUGGCGGAAGCAAUUCGCCACGCCUGGCGGCGGUGGCUGCGGGUCGGUCCUCUUCUCUGUGCAUGGACGGCGGUUUACCUCCUCGGCUUCGUCAGAUGCAUUCCGAUGAAUAACACCAUCAAGAGCAGUGCUCUGCACACUUGGUUCUCCGAGAGACGCGAAGAGUGCUCCGUACCCAUCCACUGGGCAAUGACCUGCUUGAUGCUCCACGAACCUCUCACCGGUCGCCCCUCUCCCUGCCACAAUGCCGACAUUUUCGAGACUCUAUUUCUGCUGGAUGUCGUGACAUUUACAAUCGCCCAGGCAAGUGAUGGACUGUGCUGGCUCCUUCUCCCUGCGUCCCUUCUUUGGCGCAGCCAGCUGAUCUUGGGCGCUGGGGAAGAGCGCUGGGUCCUGGCCUACCGGCAUCGUUUUGCCAUGCUCCUGCCUGUGGCGCUGUUGGCGUCUGCACUCCGCAUCUUCUUGGGAGUGGCGGACGGAGUGGACACAGGUCCAGUUCGUGCGGGCUUUCUUCGCUUCCUGGGCGCACUGCUCGUUGCCGGCUCCUGCGUGCAGGAUGCCCUGAGCUACGGCACGGCCCAUUGGCAGAGGGAGCCCUUCCUGGGCCUUUCUCGCAGACUGCAGAGCUUGAAGACCUUCCAAGGGACUGCGGCCUUCCACGUGUCGGAGCUGCUCUUCGUCAUAGGCUUCCAGCUGCUGUUACGCGAAUCUGCAGCUCGUGAGCGGCCUGCUGCGGGGUGCCGGUGGUCAUGGAUCUCAGCCUUGGCACGCCUCAGCCUCGGCAUGAACUUGUCCAACCUCUUCGUCUUCCACUUCAUUGCGGGCUUCUAUCUUCAAGAGCCGCAAGCUCUUACGCCGACCUCCGCCCUGCUGAGCUUCGCCGCGGUCUAUGCGAUCUCUGCGACGUUGGCCCUCCUGGCUAUGGUGGCUGUUGAGAUUCCGGCCAUGACACUGCUGGCGCAGAUCAGCAAAAGUUGGGUUUAUGGUAGCGCUUCCUUACAUUAG